AAUCACCAAGUGGCAGAGAAUACCAUUCUUUGCCCUAAGUACUCGGUUUGAUAACACGUAACCUUCGCCCGUACUGCUUUUGAGUUUGCAGGGGCUUCACUCACCAGCACAGCGCUGCACUGGUUUCAUUUGGAUUUGUACCAUUAUAAUCUAUCUCUGCCAGCAAGCAGCUCCUCCCACCUGUCUUCUGUAACUGCAACUAUCUGCAAACAUGCCUGAAGGAUACGACUACUUGUUCAAGUUGCUUCUAAUUGGUGAUUCUGGCGUCGGGAAGUCAUGUUUGCUCUUGCGGUUCGCAGAGAACUCGUUUACAGACAGUUAUUUGAGCACCAUUGGUGUGGACUUCAAAAUCCGCACGGUUGAAUUGGAAGGAAAGACGUUGAAACUUCAGAUUUGGGACACUGCAGGACAGGAACGGUUCCGUACUAUUUCGCAAGCGUACUACCGAGGUGCUCACGGUAUUGUCGUUGUUUACGACGUGACAGAUGGAGAGUCAUUUGAGAACGUCAAAGGAUGGCUUACUGAAAUUGAUCGGCAUGCGACCGAGACGGUCAAGAGGUUGCUAAUUGGCAACAAAUCCGACCUGGUAGACAGGAAGGUCGUUGGUUACAGUACCGCAAAGGAGUUUGCCGAUGAGAAACAAAUUCCAUUCCUCGAGACCUCGGCAAAGAAUUCAACAAAUGUUGAAGAAGCAUUUUUGACGCUUGCCAAAGAGAUUCGGGAGAGUAUCGAUUCGCAACCGGACGUCUCCUCCAGUUCCAACAAAGCAAGCACAGUCACUCCCGGACGUUCAUUAGACACGGAAGAAUCAUCAGGAGGGUGUGCCUGCUAAGUUCCAAGAUCCCCUCCGGUAUAUGUAUAACCCUAUACCUAUCCCACGUUCGUCCUUGUAUACCUGCAUUUAUAUAUUUCUGUUUUGUACUUCUUUAGCUUCUUGCCGACCGGACAAUAGGCGCUUAGGUCGAGUAG